CUACACAUCAACAACGUGAAAAAAUCAAGAAAAAAUCAAGUUGGUGUACUCUCUUAAAUUCACAUGAUCGGUUGGGUUCUUCUCAUAUAGACUCUGGAAAGAUUAAAGAAAUUAAUAUGCUUAAUCUUAGCUUCGCCAUU